AUGUCUACCGAUACCGAUAGCAUCAAAAGCUUUGGUACCGAAAAGAAUUUCCAACCUGAUGGGGGCGCCGUCAAGGGGCACCGCACCCUCUCCCGCAAAAUGACUCGAGAACUGAUUGAAUCGUACAUCGAGAACGACCCCGGUGUCAAGAAGGUCCGCUCGAAGCUCGAGGAAGAUGGUGGUGGCGCUGGCGCUCUUGGCCCGUUGACAGAGCCCAAUGACUUCGAUGUCUACACGCCAAAGGCCGAGGCCGACACCGAUUUCAAUGACAAUGACGAAUGGAAGUACCCCAUCGACGCCGAAACGGGGUUGAGAAUUGUCGAAUUCGUCCCUGGCGACAAGGCCAACCCUAAAAACAGAUCGCAUUUGGUCAAAUGGGUGUGGACUGGGUUGCUUGGUUUUAUUUGUUUCGUGGUGGCUUUGGGUUCAGCCAUCGUCACCGGUGACAUGGAACGUCCCCAAAAGACGUUCCACGUGUCCGAAGAAGUGGUCAUUUUGGCCUCCGUCACCUGUUUCGUGCUCGGUUUUGGUUUUGGUCCACUUGUGUUUGCGCCUCUCUCCGAAGAACUUGGUCGGCAAAGAAUUUACGCCGUGUCGUUAUCGCUUGGUCUUAUCUUCAUUAUCCCGUGUGGCUUGGCUCACAACAUCACCACGCUUAUCAUGGGUCGUUUGCUUGAUGGGUUGGCGUUUUCGGCCCCCAUGUGUCUUAUUGGUGGUUCGUUAGCUGACAUUUGGGAGGCUCAAGAACGUGGUACCGCCAUGGCUAUUUUCUCGGCUGCUCCAUUUUUGGGUCCGGUGAUGGGUCCCAUUUUCGGUGGUUUGCUUUGUGACCACGCCCCGACGUGGAGAUGGGUGUACUGGUCGUUUUUAAUCAUUGGUGGGUUUGCCAGUCUUCUUUUCAUGGCAUUUGUCCCCGAAACGUAUGCGCCGACCAUCUUGAAGCGCCGGGCUAAGGCUCUCAGAAAGAAGACCGGCGACGAACGUUACCGCACCGUUCAAGAGUUGAAGCCAAGAAACUUCAAGGAAAUGGCCCACGACUCAUUUUUGCGUCCGUUUUUGCUUCUUUUCGAAUUGAUUGUGUUCUUGAUUGCCCUUUACAUGGCUGUUUGUUACGGGUUACUUUACAUGUUCUUUUUUGCUUACCCCGUCAUCUACCAGGAAGGUAAAGGCUGGAGUGCGUCGAAGACUGGUGUCAUGUUUAUCCCCAUCGGUGUCGGUGUGCUUGUGGCCACCGGUGUCGCUCCGUUUGUCAACAAACAUUACAACAAGAUCGCUCAACCCUACAGAGACCGUAACGAAAUGCCUCCCGCCGAAUUGCGUUUGAUUCCCAUGAUGAUUGGGUGCUGGUUUGUCCCUCUCGGUAUGUUCCCCUUCGCCUGGUCGUCAUACCCUCGUAUCUCGUGGGCCGGUCCUUGUUUCUCUGGUUUCGCUUGUGGCUUUGGUUUCUGCUUGCUUUACAACCCCGCUAACAACUACAUUGUCGACUCGUACCAGCACUACGCCGCCUCUGCUUUGGCUGCGAAGACGCUCGUGAGAUCGUUGUGGGGUGCCUGUUGCCCGUUGUUUACCAUCCAAAUGUACCACACCUUGAACUACCAGUGGGCGCUGACGUUAAUGGCGUUUAUUUCCCUCGCGUGCUGUGCCAUUCCUUUCAUGUUCUACAUUUUUGGUGCUAGAAUCAGAAAGAGAUCCAAGUACGCCUACUCGCCCGAGUAG